GUGGUAAAAGUGGCAAUGGCUCAUGUCAUGGUAGAUAGUUCGAUGCAGUGUUAAACUAGACACGCUUAACCACUUGAGCUCCGCUCCAAGCUCAUUGCUUACGACGAUGCAUUUGUCGAGCUCUGGCAUUAUCAAUCGAAAAGAAGAGGGUGGUUGUACGUGACAGGGGAAGAAGAAACAACCCUGAUGUUAAAUUCUGAUCUGCGUAUUAUUGAUGUUAUUAAUUCAUAUAUUACAGUAAGUAAAUGUAAAUUAUAUUUUUUUAACAAAGACCAAUUCAUUAAGAUAAUUAGAAACUACAAGAAGAAAAGGGUCCAGGAAAGACUCCAGGACCCCAGCAGCUAAGCAAAGACCCCCAUAAGGGAAUUCCGGCCCUAAGGCUGGGUAAGAAGACCAGCAGCAUAGCUCGAGUCGCCACCCAAAUGGACUAGUUCAUUUGUUCUUAAAUACUACAUGCUGCUGAUUGUGAUUUUCUUUACAAUCCCAGGUUAGUUUAUCGUACGACGAAGUUUUCCUACAAAAUGUGCUAGAUAUGAUAGCUGAUUGGACCGCCGAAGAAAGACAGAUGUUGAGAGAUAAGGUGAUGUCAAAUUCUGAACGAAGCUCAUUCGUCUGCGAUGGUUAAUAAGCGAUAAUAUGAAACUUAAAAUUUUGGAUGAUUGUAUCUAAUAGUACAUGUCCAGGAUUGUGUUCUAAGUUUUCUUUCUUACCUGUUUGUGCUGUGUUGGGGUUAAAAUGUUGUACCAAACUAAUUUUAUACUGUAUAGUUUUGGGCUAGGAAAAAGGAGACCAGCUUGACUAUUUCAAAUUUACUAGACAUCUGGAAAUGACGACACGUGGCGUAUUAAACGAUAAAAAAAACACAAAAAAAAAAAAUCCUCUCUCUCCCCACUUUCUCUCUCCUCUGGCCUUGGGAGAGGAAUUAUUUUUUUCAUUGCAUAACCUCUUUCCUCACAACCAUAACCUCUUUGUUGCAUCUCUGACAACAAAACAAAUCUGCAGGUCUUUUGUCUCCUCCUCCGAUCAAUAUACAAUAUUUCUGAACAUAUUCAUUUACGUUAAUUUCCAUACUCCUCACAAAAAUGGAGGCUACUCACAAAUUCGUAUGCCAAGACGAUUUGGUCAACCCUCUAUCCUCCAUGGGCAUGCAAGUAGCUUGCAUCCUUGUCAUCUCACAUUUCUUUCACAUUCUUCUCAAGGCCUUGGGACAACCAGGCCCCAUUGCUCAGAUUCUUGCUGGUUUGGUGUUGGGUCCGUCAGGGUUGUCUAAUAUUUCUGAAAUAAAAGAAUUCUUCUUUCAAGCUUCUGCUGCAGAAUACUACGAGAUGUUCGGGUUCUUCUGCCGGAUUCUCUUCAUGUUCCUAUUCGGUUUGGAGAUAGACAUUGCUUAUAUACGCCACAACCUACGCAUUGUGUGUAUCGUUGCCUACGGUGGUGCCUCAGUAGGCGGCAUUUUUGGCCUUGUUGCCUCCUUCUUUAUCUCCAAGCACUUAAUGGCUGAAAAUGCCAAACUGAACGCUAGUUUCGUUUUUUGCAUCAUGUUACUUGUAGCGUACACAUCUUCACCAGUUGUCAAUCGCUUAGGAGCAGAGUUAAGGUUUUCAACUUCUGACAUUGGUCGCUUGGCAGCAUCUGCAGCUAUGGUCGUCGAACUUACCUGCUUACUUGUUUUCAAUUUGAUCAUCGCGUUCUCAAAAGUUACUAAUAUACGGGAUGGCUUCUUGAUCCUCCUAGGCAUGGUUCCAAUACUUUUUGGGUUCAAGUACUUGGCAGUCUGGUUGAACAAACGAACCAAUAAGCAAAAGUACCUCAGAAACCCCGAGGUGUUUCUCAUUUUAUCUAUUCUAAUAGCUGGUUCAAUGAUCAUUGAAAUGCGCAUGUUUAACAGUGUGAUAGCUUGUUUUGUUGCCGGCAUGGUGUUCCCCAAGGAAGGCAAAACGGCAAGAACUUUGUUGCACAAACUUACUUACUCUGUCCACAAUUUUGUACUCCCAGUUUACUUCGGCUAUAUUGGCUUCCAAUUUGACGCGAGUCAUUUGAAAAGCUGGAGAAAUGUACUGAUUGUGUUCAUACUUGUGCUGUUGAGCCUCAGUAGCAAGAUUGGUGGAACUCUUGCGGUUUGCCACUAUUUGAAGAUUCCACCAAAUGAGGGGCUUUUCCUUGGUUUUGUCUUGAGCUUGAAGGGACAUGCUGACAUCUUGUUUGUUGGCAGCGCCUCAAAGGCACUAGUUACUUGGAACCCGACGGCUUACAACUUGUUACUAAUGACAAUAGUGAUUAACACCGUAAUAUCAGGGCCAGUUGUGGCUUUGUUAAUGAAAAGAGAAGAAAGACUCUUCACUCAUACACACACAUCCCUUGGCUUUGAGCUGGAAAAGCCCGAUCAGAGUGAGCUUCGACUGCUGGCCUGUGUGUACGGCCCUCGCCACAUGUCAGCCAUACUCUCGGUCAUCGCAUCAAUGCGGGGCUCCCCAACAGCCUCCAUCAUGCCCUACAUGGCCCACCUGAUCGAGCUGAAUCGGAAAAGCCGCACCAACGUGUCGUAUCACGAGCUGGAGGCUGACGAAAUGAGCGACGAAGAAGAGUACGGCGGAAACGAUGUGCUCGAAAUCCACGCAGCUGUGGAUGCCUUCACUGCUGAGACUCGAAUACUAAUCAACCUCAAUAAGGCCGUCUCGACAGUGUCGAAUUUGCAUGAGGACGUGUGCAGCGCUGCCGAGGACUUGCGUGCGACUGUCAUUUUAUUGCCCUUUCACAAGCAUCAAAGAAUCGACGGGAAAAUGGAAUCUGGAAAAGAGGCGGUGCGGACGACAAACCAAAAAAUUCUUCGUCAUGCUCCGAGUUCCGUUGGGAUUAUUGUCGAAAAGGGGCUUGCUGGGGCGCUAGGGUUUUCGCAGUUGUUCACGGUGGACGUUGUGCAACAUGUUGCAACCCUCUUCUUUGGCGGACCGGAUGACCGCGAGGCGAUUGCUUGGAGUACAAGGAUCGCGAAUCAUCCUAGAGUUAAUUUGACAGUGAUUAGGUUUCUGCCAGCAGAAUCGUCGAAUACGAGGAAUAUGAAGGUGGAGAAUGAACUGGGGAAUAAUGACAUUGAAGUUUUCAUGGCUUUGUCGAGUUUAGAAACCGGGAAUGACAUUGACAAUGCUUUUCUCAAUGACUUUUAUAAUGGGUAUGUGGCAUCAGGUAAAGUUGGGUAUGUUGAAAAGCAGGUGAACAAUGGAGCAGAAACAGUGGCAGCUCUAAGAGACAUAGGGGACUUGUAUUCUCUUUUUAUAGUAGGGAAGGGCGGACGAGGACACUCUCCAUUGACAACUGAACUAAGUGACUGGGAAGAGUGCCCUGAAUUGGGAACUGUUGGGGAUCUCUUGGCUUCUUCAGAUCUUAAUAUCAAUGGUUCAAUUUUGGUCGUUCAACAACAUAGGAAUUCUAAGAAAAACCUUAUAGAUGAUUAGUUAUAGUUAAUUUAUGUUCUUUAACUAUAUUAUAUAAUAUUGCGAUUUAGUACUUCUUCAAAUAUUGUAUAUACAGAAAUAUAGAUUUUGAAUUUUGGUUGGGCGUUCCCAUUUUUACGUCUUACCAUUUUUCACUUACUGUUCGUUAGGAUGAUAGGAAAUAAACUUGAA